AUGGGCCCGACAACUUCGGCAGCCAUGACCGAGGAAGGCAUGCUAGCCCCGGAUGGCUCCUCAAAGACGUUUGAUGCCGGCGCAAACGGCUACGGCCGUGCCGAGGCUGUCAACGCCGUCUACAUCAAGCUCCUAGACGACGCCAUCCGUGACGGCAACCCUAUACGUGCCGUCAUCCGCAACUCUGGUACCAACAGCGACGGGCGAAGCCAGGACCUCUUGACGCCCAACGGCUUGGCUCAAGAGGCCUUGAUGAACAAGAUUUAUGCGGAUGCGGGACUGGAUCCAGCCAAGACUGCCUUUGUCGAGUGCCAUGGUACCGGCACCCCUACCGGUGACCCUCUCGAAGCCAACGCAGUAGGAAAUGUCUUUGGUCGUGAAGGAGUCUAUAUCGGUUCGGUCAAGCCCAACGUCGGGCAUUCAGAAGGUGCAUCAGGCCUGACAAGCCUGAUCAAGGGAGUUUUGGCACUGGAGAACAAGACGAUUCCCCCCAACAUCAAGUUCUCCGAGCCCAAUCCUAAAAUCCGAUUCCAAGAUAACAAGCUCACCGUGCCCGUGAAGCCUGAGCCUUGGCCUUGUGGCCGUGGCGAGCGCGUCAGCAUCAACUCGUUCGGAAUUGGAGGGUCAAACGCCCACGUCAUUCUAGAAUCGCCUCCCAAAUUCGUCACCGCCAGCAGAGCCGCAUCGACAGACCAAAUCUCCCCCGCCGAGCCGCAACCCCGGCUCCUGGUGCUGUCGGCCAACAGGGCAACUUCGCUGCAGCAGCGGGUAGGUGAUAUCCAGGGUUACCUUGAGCGAUGCCCCUCGGCGGUGGACGACCUGGCAUAUACGCUGGCCUGUCGCUGUGAGAUUAUGGCCCACAGAGCCUUUAUCGUUGCCAGCCCUGAUGGACAGAUCGUCGAGACGUCCCCUCAGGCCAAAGUGCUAGGCUCAGACCCUAAAGUGGUCAUGAUCUUUAGCGGCCAAGGGGCGCAAUGGGCGAAGAUGGGUAAGGAGCUAGUCCAGACUGACGAGGACUUCAAGCGGGAUUUGCAAGGCAUGGACCGUGUCCUCAAAAGCCUCCCGCACCCCCCGCAGUGGAGCAUUCAAGACGAGCUGCUUGCUCCCGCCGAAUCGAGCAGGAUCUCCACGGUCGAGCUAGCCCAGCCCCUGUGCACCGCACUGCAGGUUGCUCUGGUGAACCGCUUGCGGCGCUCCGGAAUCGUCCCGGCCGCCGUCAUUGGCCAUUUCAAACAUAUGGAGCGCUUGGCAGACCAGUACGAGAGCCUGCUCGAAGCCGUGUGGUCCUCGCGCUUCUGCUGCGACGAGGGCGUCGAUCUACUUCUGACGCCGCCUGGUCCCACUAAGAUUCCCAUGUAUUCCUCUGUGCUCAAUAAACCCAUCACUUCGAGCCAAGACCUCGGUCCCUCGUACUGGGUAUCCGACCUGGUAUCGCGGGUCCGGUUCACCGAAGCCGUCCGCCUGGCCGUCCAGGACCAGGGCCGGGGCUCCUUCGCCAAGGAGAGCAUAAUGCUCGAGGUCGGGCCUCACUGCACUCUCCGCGGCCCCCUGAGCCAGAUAACCGAGGCGUCAGGCGUCGACUCCUGCCGAUACGCGUCGGCGUUGGUCCGCGGGAAGGACGCACGCCACACCUCCCUGUCCGCCCUAGGGCAUCUCUACCAGUGUGGCGUUGACGUGGACUGGUCAUCGUCAAUUGGCGUGCCGGUUGCGGGCAUGACGCUUACUAAUCUCCCGAACUAUCCUUGGGACCACAGCGGCGGCUCUUUCUGGUACGAGGCCAGGGUCUCGAGAGAGUCGCGGCUGCGCCGGUUCGGUCACCACCGACUUUUAGGCGCCCGGGUCCCUGAGAGCUCCGGGCUGGAACCCCUGUGGCGGAACCAGCUUAAUCUCGUGGAUGAGCCGUGGCUGGCGGACCACAAGGUCAGGUCCGACGUGGUGUUUCCUUUUGCCGGAUAUAUCGCCAUGGCGGGCGAGACCCUCCGGCAGACCACCGGUCUGGACGGUGUGGGAUACCGGGUCCGCAAUGUCUCGGUGAAAUCGGCCAUGAUGCUCUCGGACGAGUCGGUCGAGGUGGUGACGUCUCUCCGGCCUGUCAAGCUGACAGGGUCGACCGACUCGAGCUGGUUCGACUUCUGCGUCAUGUCCUACGGCAAGUCGUCACGGACCAAGCACUGCGAGGGCCAGAUAAAGGCGUAUAAUACACAGGGCCUAGAGCCACUGCCGGCCCCAACUCCAGACAGCAUGGUGCGGGCCAUCCCCUCACCCCACUGGUAUCGCUCCAUGGAUGAAAUCGGGGUCCUGUACGGCCCAGAAUUCCAGGCGCUGUCGGGCAUCGUCUCGUCGACGGUCGAUAACGUGGCCAAAGCUUUCAUCGAUAUCAGCAGCAGCCAACGGGAGGAUACAGCGUCCCAGCUUCACCCUGUCGCUAUAGACGCCUGCCUGCAGCUUUUGCUGGUAGCCAUGGUUAAGGGCGUCGGCCGCAAUUUUGGAAAACUCUGUGUGCCCACCGCCAUCAAGGACCUCAUCGUUGGGCCCAAGAGCAGCUCGAUUAUGGAGGCCACAGCCAGGAGCGUGACCUCGUAG